UUCAUAUGCUCGUACACCUCCGCUAGUUGCUAUCGUGGCAUAUUUCUUGACAAGCAUUCCACAUUACACGUCCACAAACUGUAGUAAUUUUUUAAUGGCAAUUUCACGGUACAGACCGAAUUUCUAAAUUCAUAAGCAAAACUUUGCUUGUGGAUAUACUUCUGCUAUUAUUAUUCGUCUGAUUAGUUUCGCAAAGAAGUAAUCAUUGAUAAAUAGAUCAGCCUGUGGGGUGAGAGCAUGGGAUCCCAUAAAAUAAAAGAAAACCUCCUAGGCAUAUAUGGGCUUAGAUGCUUAUAGUUCCACAGCAAUAAGUGACUCAUAAUUGUACCAAUGAUAAGUUGGCAGUAUGCAGUUGGAGGUACAAUUAGCCUAAUCUAGUUGAGCGUCAGUGUAGCAUUAUCCAGCCCUUCCCUCCUUUCAUCUCUAAAGGUUGGAUGCUGCUUAACUAUUUUAUUUGCACAGUCUCCCCAUUCAUGUUGGAUUCUUUUAUUAAUCAUUUGGCGUGUCCCUAGCUGUUUCUUUUAAUAUAUGACUAUCAAUCAAAUCUACUGCAAAUUGUGAAGGCAACUUGCUUGUGACGGAAACAAAUAUGGCGAAGAAGGUGAAGCUGGAAAAGAAGAAAUGUGCAGCAUCACGAAAUAAGAACAAUAACAUGCUGCCCAAGCUUACUAUUGGCCUUCUAAUGGGUGUUCUCUACCUCCUUACUGUCGCGAAUGCUCAAUUGCCAUCCCUUGAGGAUGGGAUUCCUGAAAAUGAAAAAUGUGAUCUUUUCCGUGGGGAGUGGAUCCCUACUACUUCAGCACCAUCUUACACGAAUACUAGCUGUAAAUUCGUGUAUGCUCGUUGGGAUUGUAUAAAGAACAGACGGCCUGACACAAGAUACCUUUACUGGAGAUGGAAACCACACAAUUGCAACUUAAAGAAACCUGACCCAAAAAGGUUUCUGAAUGGCAUGCGUGAUAAGUCGUUGGCUAUGGUUGGUGAUUCGCUUUUGAGAAACCAGAUGCAGUCAUUGCUUUGCCUUCUUUCUAAGGCAGAAGAAUCUGUUGAUACCUAUUAUAGUGGAGCAUAUAAAUCCAUGAGGUGGCAUUUUCGCUCCUAUAAUUUCACACUUACAGAAUACUGGGCUCCAUUUCUGCUGCAAGCUGAAUCUCUAUCAAAAAGGAAGUCCAAAAUUUAUUUAGAUACACUUGAAAGCACAUGGACCACAGAAUAUCACAGGCAUGACUACAUAAUACUUUCAGCCGGCCCAUGGUUCAGCACACCAACGAUCAUGAUGGAAAAUAAUACUAUAGUAGGCUGUCAUUCUUGCAAAAGCGAGUUUAAGGAACUUGGGUCCUUCUACCCUUAUCGAAGGGCCUUGCAAAUGGCUUUUAACUUCAUCACAACAACUGAUCAUAAGCCUCUAGUAGUUUACAGGACAUGGUCACCUGAGCACUUUGAAUAUGGGGAGUGGUACAGCGGAGGGCUUUGCAAUAGAACUGUACCUUACAAAGAAGGUGAAUAUAAUGAUACACGUACAGGCCAUGGGAAUUAUGCCAUUGAUAUCGAGGAGUUUAAUAAAGCAGCUGCUGCUGGAUCCAAGAAAGGGAUUCAUAUGAAACUUCUUGAUGUUUACCAUCUUUCACUACUAAGAGCAGAUGGACAUCCAGGUCCAUAUGUGAAGUACCCGUUAGAGAAGAAUGCCAAUGAUUGUCUACACUGGUGCUUGCCUGGGGCUAUUGACACUUGGAAUGAAUUAAUGAUGGAAAUGAUGCUUAAUGAAGUGGAUAAAAGUUUAAAGGAUAAUUUUUAAUGUAUUUAUUCUCUUCAUAUAUCUAGUUAUCCUACACACAGCGAUGAGUUCCAUAGACUCAUCAAUGCUUAUGUUCGUUGCAAUAGUCGAGUUAAGUAACUCUUUUGACAUUAUCAGUUCUCCAUUUGAAUUUAUGCAUCUAUGUAAUGUAAGUGUGCAAUUGUUAGUGAUGAGUCUACCAUAUAAUAAAUCCAAAACUGUACAGAAAGCAACUGAACAUCGUUUGUCAAGCAUAAUGUCAAACACAUGAAGGGUAGGCUGUGGUUAUGAUGAAGACAGCAAUUCAUCACUGAGGCAUUUUCGCAGAAAAUGUGUAGGUACUGGUUAUGAUGCAAUGUACAUGUGAAAAUUAGAUAACAUCAGUCUUUCAUAAAUGAGAAACUACUCGUACUAUACUCGAUAAGCAUGGCCCUCUACAUUGGAAACCACUACCGAAAUCCAACCUAGUACAACAAAUCAAGACCAUCUUCCAAAUGCUGAACGUAAAAUGAACUUUACAAAAAUUCCAUGACAAUGUAAUUAUCAAGAAAUACAAACAUAAACACAAUCAUAAAAAAAGUACCCAAACUUUGGGUCACAAUUAAAA